AAAAUUACCUAAUUACCCAUUACCCAAAAGGCUAAGAAUAAAGGGUCUUCUUCAAUGGAGUUUAUACUAGAGCCUAUCAUGGAAUUGGUAAAGUGUUUGGGGAGGUCAUCCUGUACUUAUCUAGAUUAUCACUUAAACUUUGAUGAAGCUGUGAGUAAUUUGAGAAGAGAAUGGGGAGCUCUAAAUAGUCGAAAAGAUGAUAUAAAUUUACAAGUACAAACUGACGUCCUUCCUUUGGGGAAAGAAGUGAAACAUGAAGUACAAAGUUGGCUUGAUCAUGUGCAAGAAAUCAAUAAUGAAGUGCAAGCUAUUCAAGGAAAGAUUCAGAAAGUGAAGUGGUACUCAAGGGGCCGUGUUGGAAGACUUGUUUGCAAGAAAAUUGAGGUGGUGAAAAACAUCCAGGAACAAGGUAGUUUUCCUAAUGGUCUCGUAGUUGAUAAACCUCCCCGUGGAAUUAUCAUGCCAACUGUGAAUGUAGUGGGUGAAGAUUCUGUAAAAGGGACAAUUUGGGGAUACUUGAUUGGCAAUGAGGUUGGAAUGAUUGGAGUUUGUGGGAUUGGUGGGGUUGGAAAGACUACCAUCAUGAAAAAUAUCAAUAAUGAAUUGGUGAGGCAGAUUAAGUUUGAUAAAGUAAUUUGGGUCACUGUAUCUUACCCAAUCGAUGUAAUCAAAUUACAAGAAAACAUCGCUCGUGCUUUUGCUGUGGAACUCCCAAAAGGUGAGGACAAAGAGAGGCGGGCGGCUGAAUUAAUGAGCUUAAUGGGAAGAGCAAGACAUUUGUUGAUACUAGAUGAUGUCUGGGAAGUGUUUUCUUUGAUUGAAGUGGGAAUUCCAGAACCAACAAUUCAGAAUGGAAGCAAAAUAGUUAUCACUAGUAGAUCCAUUGAAGUGUGCCAAAAAAUGGGCUGUGAAAUAGUCAAAUUGAAACCUCUUUCUUUUCAUGAGUCUCUCAACUUAUUCUUAGAUAAAGUUGGGCGCCAUAUUCUACAAGUUCCAAAUUUAGAAGAAAUCUUGAAGCUCAUCGUGGAGGAGUGUGGUGGUUUACCACUGGCCAUUGUUGUGAUAGCAGAAAGUAUGAAGGGAGAGGAUGAUGUUCAUGUGUGGAAGAAUGCCUUAACUGAACUACGAGAAGGGGUAAAGAGUGUGACUGGUUCAGAUCAAAAGAUAUUUAAGAGGUUAAGGUUUAGUUAUGAUCGUUUGAAUAAUUUUGAAAUCCAAAGCUGUUUUCUUUAUUGCUCCUUGUUUCCUGAAGAUUAUCCAUUUCUGAGAGAAAACUUAAUAGAAGGGUGGAUUUAUGAAGGAUUAAUUGAUGGAUUGGCUAGUAGAGAAGCAACUUAUGAUAAGGGCCAUACCUUUUUAAAUAUGCUCGUAAAGAAUUGCUUGUUAGAGAAAACUGUUGAUUGGGGUGGUGAUGUUUUCAAGAUGCAUGAUGUACUGAGAGACAUGGCUAUCAAAAGCAUUGGUCCUGAAUUGGGAUAUAUGGUAAAAGUUGGUAUGAAAUUGAUAGACGUACCAAAUGAGCAUGGGUGGGGAAAUGAUCUUAAGAAGGUGUCUCUAAUGAAGAAUGACAUAUCAAAAAUUCCCCUUGGGUUGUGCCCAAAGUGUCCAACUCUUUCAACUUUGAUAUUGUCAAAUAAUCCUAAUUUGUCCGAGAUCCCAGAAUCCUUCUUUGAAGGUAUGCCCGAAUUGAAGGUUCUUGAUCUUUCUGAAACUGGUAUUGAAGCUUUACCUAAUUCCAUCUCAAACUUGGAGAAGCUCACUUCUCUUAGGUUACAGAGUUGUGCAAGGUUAAGGUAUUUGCCUUCUUUAGCAAAGCUUAGGGCAUUAAAGAAGUUGGAUCUGGGUGGUUCCAAGAUUGAGGUGGUCCCUCAAGGCAUGGAGAAAUUGAUUAGUCUGGAGUAUCUUAAUUUAAGUGCUUGUUACAAUCUAAAAGAGAUUCCAAUGGGAAUGUUAUCAAACCUUUCCAAUCUCCAAUACUUGUCAUUUUAUGGAAAAUUGAAGAUAAAAGGAGAUGAGGUUGUGAGAUUGAGCAAGUUGAAGACCUUUUAUGGUGUAUUCGAUGACAUACAAGGCUACAAUUAUUUUGUCAAGUCUCAAGAUUUCCAAAUUCUUACUGAUUACUUUAUUAAAGUAGGAGAAAGACUCGAAUAUUUGUUGACUACUCAGUGGAAAGCUGUGGUUAGUAUUAAUUAUUGUGACUUAGGAGAAGAAUGUAUGGUGCUUCCAGAUAACCUUCAGAACCUGGAGAUGGUGCGGUGUAGAAACAUGAGAAGCGGCUUAAAUAAAGCAGCUUUGUUAGAAAAGGCAACCGAGUUGAGUAUUUGUCUUUUUCAAUCUUGUGAAGAUAUGGAAUGCGUCGUUGACUUGGACUCAUCCUCCUAUCCAGUACUGGAUAAGCUUGAAGACCUGUUUCUUAUCGGAUUGCCUAAAUUGAGUGUACUUGUGAGAGUGGAAGGAGUAGCAACACCACCGCACGCCUUCCAAAACUUAGAGCAGAUUCAUGUUAAUGGAUGUAAACAAAUGGAGGAAAUAAUAGCAUCAUCAGAUUCAGAUGCAUCAUCAGAUAAAUUCACCUUUCCCAAGUUAAGGAUAUUACACUUGUGGGAUUUACCCCAAUUGAAGAGCAUCUGCAGUGACAAAGGAGUUAUGGUUUGUGAUUCUAUUGAAGAAAUUACAAUAUUCAGAUGUUGGGAGUUAAAGAGGAUCCCUGUGCAGCUUCCCCUGCUUGAUAAUGGCCAACCAUCUCAUCUCAGAGAAAUCAAGAUAGAUGAAGAGUCAAAAGAAUGGUGGGAAUCAGUGGAAUGGGAUCAUAAGAACCUACUUCAACCUUUCUUGAAAAAUAUUGGUUUUAUAGAGAGAGUACGGGAACAAUUUCUGAUGAGUGAUCAUGAUCUAGAGUACGGAAUCGUCCCAGGCUCCGAUGCACCUAUUUGUGCUGAUUAUGGUGAAGCAGUUGAAGAAAGGGGCAUUAAUGAUGAUGCUCAUGGUGUUAAUUUUAAGAUAGCUUCCAAUGGUGAAAGGCAACAGGAAAAGGAGUGUGGGAGAGAAGUUAAGCCAAUAUCCAUGAUUUGUACCUUUUAGAGAGUAUCGCUUUGCAUUAUAUAACCAGUCUUUCAGGUGCAUAGAUCUUUCAAAUUUAAUCAUUUCAUUGUCUGAUUCUGCUUAUUAUUGAUUCAAUUUUUUAUUAUCAUUGAUUUCUGGUUAUUUACCACAUUCUAUUGUGCACUGGAUGGUGGAGGUGUGCCACACAAUUUCUGUGUUUUAAUGAGAAAUCCAAACUCCAAAGUAGGCUAUUUGCUUCUAGAUUUCCACCUUCCUUUGCUAGGAUGCAGUUUGAAACAGCUUUGUAAAUAACCUCCCUU